AUCACUUCACAUGUUGAUACAGAAAUUGCAGCACAGAGAGAGAUGAUUCUUGAAAAUUGAACAGAAAAAUGUUGAAAUGCACAAAGUUUCAAUGGCAGCAGCCAAAAAAUGGGAUGAUUUUAUCUUCUGCAUUCAACCUUCAUUGUGGUUCAUCUCCUAAUGGUCUCAAGGAAACGGUGAAAUCCAAUUUGCCUAAGAAGGAGCAUGUGUCCAGAUUUCUUAAGAGGAAAUGGGCACUGAGAAUCCCAGAUACCAAAAUUAACCAAAUAAUGAUAUCAAAAGAUGAUUUUCAACAGGGAGGUGAAUAUCUUGGGAAUCUUUCCUUUCUGAAUAAUCCACAACCGUCUAUGGGUGAUCACAUGACGAAAAACAACCAACAGCAACCUUCAUUUUAUGUUGUAAGAGAUGAUUUGUUGCAUCCUUUGGUGAAUGGUAAUAAGGCGAGGAAACUGGAUGCACUACUCCCUCUCUUGGAAGAUAGUUCUGUCACAGAUGUCGUCACAUGUGGAGGGUGCCAAAGUGCGCAUGCUGCAGCUGUUGCUGUGUCAUGUGCUGAAAGGGGAUUGAAGUCACAUUUACUUCUCCGAGGAGAACAGCCAGCAACUCUGACGGGUUACAAUCUAAUUUCAACAUUAUAUGGAAAUGUUAGUUAUGUUCCGAGAUCUCUAUAUGCUAGGAGGGAGGAGAUGCUCUUAAAGCAUGCACAUACCGUCGCAGGAAAUGAUGGCUUAGUUUUCUCACUUGCUGAUUUAGAGGCUUCUUUAUUCUCUCAUGGAUGCGGUGAACACUCCUCACACGUGGAUUCUCUUACAAAAAGGAGUAAGAAGGUAGCUAUUAUAAAUGAAGGGGCUGGAGAUGCUGCUGCAUUGCUAGGUGUUGUGCGCCUGGUUGAGUACUUGUCUCAGGACCAUCUAUUUGGGAAAGAUCAGCAGUUAAAAAUUAUUAUAGAUGCUGGAACAGGAACAACCGCUGUUGGUGUUGGAAUUGGAGCAGUGUGCUUAGGGCUCCCAUGGGAGGUCACUGCUGUUAUGCUAGCUGACACUAUUGAUGGAUACCAGAAAAAGGAGGAAAGUUUAAUUUCUGAAUUCCGUAGAUGCUUUACUCUUCAUCUUGGCGAGCAAAUGCUAACCGGAUUGGAACCUGGACUUGUGCACUGGGUCGAACGCAGCUCUCCGAGAAAAUUUGGCAAUAUACUGAAGGGGGAAGUCGAAAUAUGUCGAAAGAUUGCUCAAGACACCGGUAUUCUUCUCGAUCCGGUUUACACUUUGGCUGCUUGGGAACUGGCAACUCAACUUGGUCAGGAGGAAUCUGCAGAAGUGGUAAUGCUUCACACAGGAGGUACACUCGGUAUGUUUGGUCUAGCUCAGCGUUACAAAUCUUACUUCGAAAUAUGUUAAAAGAUGAAUAUUGCAGCUAAUGCUAGUAACUUUUAUGUUAUGAUAUUAUCGUAAGGAAUGAGACUUGAAUCCCACAUCGGUUUAAUGAGGAACUGAUGUGGGGCUUAUAUA